UGAAGGGUGUAAUGAAAUUUAAGAAAGAAGAAAUUACAAAUAGGCUGCAUUUUACACUCUUCUUCAAAUUUGCUCCCGCUGCGUUUGUCUUCUUCUCAGAUUAUCGCAAUUCCGACGCUCUUUUGCUUUUUCUCCGUCGACUCUCCGGCUAGGCGAUAUAUUUAUGUUGGCUGUUUAAAAGUGAAUGGAUGAAACAGUGAUUAGUCGUUGUAUGUGGUUAUCUGGCUGAAACAAGAUUAACUGCAGUGUUUAUUUUGGGUUUUUGGUUUCUUGGAAAUUGAAUUUGAUUGGAUGGAGAAAGCUGGAAUGCAGGAUUGGGAUUUAAUGUAUGAUUUUUGUCGUCUAUAUAGAAAGAAGAAGAAGUAUGAUAGGGAAGGUACUGGGCUUAGGGAUCAUAAAGCACUGGAAAGAUGUGUUCUUGUGGAUCAAGAUAAUGCCGGGUUAUCAACAAAGGAGGCUGACGUGGGAGCUGCCUAUGAUAGGGAGAAUUCUAGUUGUAGUGAUGUUGAAGCUGACCCGCAAUAUAUGACUUUCUUGGCUAACACUAAGCCAGAUGGAACGUCAUAUGUUCUUAAAGCUAGUGAUCAGAAUGGGUUGCCCGUGUUCGUGAAGUAUGAGAAAGAGGACAGAUCUGAUGAUGAGCACGAAUAUGAUUGUCAGAGGAACCUAACAACUGAUAGGGAGUGGGAGAUUCAUGGAGUUGGAAAGGAUCAGGAUAGUGUUAGGGAAAAGUACAAAUUAGGGAGUUCAAAAGCUCUAGACACUUACGCGAGAAAGAAUAGGAAUACCUCCGUAGUUGAGAAGCAUAAGAUGAAAAAUGGGAUCUUGAGUCAGAAGCAAAGGAGGGUAGAUAGGGAUUUAGGUAACAGAAAGCACAGUACUGAUGUGAAGAUUGUACCUGGUAAGGAGCAGAAGACACAGAAUGGUGGCAAAUUCAUGGACGUGAGAGUAAAGACAGAACCAAAAGAAGAUUCUGAUUCUCUCAAGGAGGAGAUCCCCCAAAGUGAAGUAGAAAUUGUUCAGAACGUUGAUGCAGAGUUAGGCAUGGGCAGUAGCUCUAACCCCUUUGUAUUUUCAGUGGAACAUAGCGAGAAUCUGGAGGAUCCCAGUCAGCCUAUCAGCAACCCAAAUGCGUCAAUUAUAGAUUCUGGCUACAGGAAGGAGGUUCUGAAUUUAUUGAUGAGGCCCUAUGAUGAUGAGGAGUAUAAGAAGCUUUGGAAAGAUAUUAAGGUGCCAUGUAGCUCAAUAAAUAGACGUGGAACAUCCCUUCUAUCACUCCAUAAAGCAUCUAACUCGGGAAGAUGCGUUCAUGCCUUGGGAGGAUGCAGAGUGUCUCCGAACAAUGCCUGGAUCUUCCUAGAAGUUGUUGUUACUUUUUCCCAUUCAUCAAUACCGCCGUGUGCCAUAAAACAAAGCGAUAGAAGAAGAGAAUCAAAGGUUACUAUUUCAAUUACUAGCGGAGGACAAUUUUGCUGUGCAUUAUCUUUGUGGGGUAAGUGUUGAAAACAGACAUAGAGAAGAUCAUAUACAUACUUAGAAGAGAAGGUGAAAUUUUCAUUUACAUUCUUAAAACUUGGUUCUGCUACUCAUUGUUUCAAUAUAGUCAACGUUGUUACCUGAAUUUACUGGUUUACAUCUUCCAUUUGGCCAUUGUAAUUGAACCCAACUCUUGGUUUCCCCAUGCUGAAGUUAAGAACUUUUGCAUUCAUGUUGUAUUGGAUUUUUCCAGUAUAUAGAAGCUUUCUUAUGUA